AUGAACCUAUUUGGGCGCAAGACAUCGUCAUCAGCUGCGCGUACGGGUCCCGUGGCAACAGCUGAUACAAUCCGUAAAUUACGUGAACAGCUUGAGUCACUAGAGAAACGUGAACUUCAUAUUGUAAAGAAAAUUGCACUUCAAUUACAAGAAGCGAAACAGAAAAGUGCUGCGAAAGAUAAACGUGGGGCGAUUUUUGCACUAAAACGUAAGAAAAUGUUUGAGGCUGAAGUAGAAAAGUUACAGGGUGCACGUAUGACGUUAGAGACACAAGUGAUGACACUUGAGAGUGCACAUGUUAAUAUGGAAACGUUUACAGCAUUACGCUCGGGUGCGGAACAGAUGAAAGCCAUUCAUGGACAAAUGAAUGUGGAUAAAGUCGAUAACAUUAUGGACGAUAUUCAGGAAGAAAUGGCUACAGCAGAUGAAAUCGGACGUGCUAUUUCCCAGCCACUUGGGUCGCAGCUUUAUGAUGAUGAUGAGCUUGAGGAUGAACUACGAGAAAUGGAAGAGCUGGAACUGGAAGAGAAGACACUGGAGCCGAUAGCAGUAAAACCAGCAGAUGCGACAGCAGCAGCAGCCAGAACUCCGUCUCUUCCAGCUGCUAUCCCAACUGCUCCAUCGACGCUUCCUGCAUCGAUGGCUCAGUACAACUUGCCAGAUGUGCCGACCCAUACCGUCGAGUCUAACAUUAAUGUGGUAGGCAGCGCGGAAGAAGACGAGUUGGAGGCGCUGAGGAAGCUUGAAGCAUCCAUGGCGCUGUAG